UCCGAUGGCCCUCAGACUCUUCUGAAGCUGCGCCUCCUAAAUGCGUGGGGGUCUUAUGGCCUCAAGAAUCCUACAUUAAUCUUCAACUACUGCACUCUUUGGAAUGAUGAGGAGGGUACUUUGAUUCAGGGCACGGCUCCUUCGGAACUCACGCGCCAUUUCUCUCCGCUUCUGCAGUUGGGUAGCGUUUACUUCGUGAGCAAUUUUCGCGUCAAGCCACCGGCCCCUUCGUAUCGUUCUUGCUCUCAUAAGUUGACCAUCAUCCUCUCUGCCGCUACACAGUUCGAAGACGUGACCCGUUCGUCACCUUCAUUCUGGCCGGAUGCGUUCGAAUUUACCCCGUUCAGCUCGCUUCAUUCCCGCAUACGUUCAUCGGUUUAUCUAACAGAUGUCGUUGGCGCUGUUGUUAGCAUAACAGGCGUUUCUAGCACUGUAACUUCAUUCGGUACCACUGUGCGGAGUGAUUUGGUGCUUCAGAAUGAAAAUCACAUGUUUCUUGAUAUCAGUCUGUGGAGUGAUAUAGCUCGGAAUCUCAAUGGUCAGGAACUGGCUGUCCUUGGUCGUUCUGGGCCAGUUAUGCUUGCUGUUUGCUCACUUCGAGUCACUGGCGCUACGAAAGGUCUGCAUGUACCUUACCGCCGCACUAUUCUCCCUUUCAUUUCCCUUCCUCUUUUCCUUAUUACCUUUACCCCUCUUGUAGGAGGUUACUCUCUUACCAGUACUCCAGGCACACGUUGUGUUCUCAACCCUGUUUCUGAAAUGGCUCACCUGGUCCAAUCUGUGUUCUUUGCCAGCACUAAUACAUGUCAAUAUUACCCUCCGAGGUUUGCAACUCCUAAUGAGGCAGCGGCCUUCGAAGCUGAAUGUACGAAGACUGUGUCACAACUACUUGCCUUGUGUUUUCCACCUGUUGCCGAUUCUACGCGUUACCAUUGCUCUGGUCGGAUUGUUUCGGUUGAUUCUUCUAUGCAGUGGUACUACUUGGGUUGUGCGCUUUGUUCCAAAGCAGCCAUAGAUUAUGAUGGUGUUGACAAAUGGUGUGAUGACCACCGUCGUUUGGUGCCUCAACAAACACAGAACUUUUACAAACUUCGGGUAACAGUUGAUGACAACACUGGAUCAGCAGCUUUUGUUCUGCUGGGUAGGGCCGCUGACCUUCUUGUGGGCUUGACUGCUAACGAUCUCUCUACUAGGUUUCCUUACCAACGCAAUGUUCUUCCACAAGAACUUCUGGCUCUUGAAGGGCGAGACUUUACUUUUGACGUCCAGCUUCCAAAACCGGAAUAUGGGGCUCGUGGCCCGCCAGAAUUCACGGUCCUUGCUGUCAAUGAGCAAGAACAGCCAAAUUCCUGCUCACCAACUCUUGGUCGCCGGGCAAGAAAUGCUAUGCCCCAUACACCACCUCCUAACAGUCCUCACUUGAUGCCUCUUACUUCUCCAUAUGUUGUUCCAACAAUGCAGAACGCUUCGGUAGAGCAUGGU